AUGGUUGAAAAAAGCCGCAACCAAACAGAAAAACAAAUUCCAACAGGUCAGCCACUCACCCAGCUCUCCAGGCCCGGGCGUUUAAUGCACGAGGUUGGCGUUACCAUCCGUCACCCACUGGUGGCCUUCACUUAUGGGGGGGGGUUGGGCGGUAAGCGAGGAACGAAUGAUGAGUGAUUCAUAACUGGGCUGGCACAACACCCGAAAAGGGGGGGUGAAGGAUGCUUGGAGGGAAAGCUGGAGGUCUUCGGCCUCUAGCCGCCGCAACCACUCGCCCUUUGCAUGCGACAAGGCGAGGCGAGACUGUACAGAAGAGGCUGGCCAAAGAGCGUGCAAAGCGCGAGCAAGAGAAGAAACUUGCCAGGAUGCUUGGGUUCAAGGGAGGUAGAGGUAGAGGCAGAGGGAGGGGAAGAUAAUACUUUCAUGGGGAUACCUUCCUCACUUGUGCUUGGGCACCUUCUCUGCUGCGACACGAUGUUACAAUCUUGCUUAUAGCGUGUUCAGUUGAUGCAUGGCCACGGUACUUCGAUCCUUCGAGAGAUGUUCGAGAAUGUUCUUUGGCCUUGUUCCGGGAUUGGUGUUGCAGACAUACUUCGUACAUACGAAGGAAGCGUUCUGCUUAGACUACUACUGUACUCAGACUAUCGCAGCUUGCCUCGGGCAGAAGAGUGUUUUGCUUGCUGUACCCUAGCACAAUCUUGUACACAGCCGAAUGGCGUCUUCCUCCUCCGAAGCUAAAGCACGAACACCAAAAACAAACGACGGGGGUGUGGCACUUAUUUUGCGCACAAGUUCCACUUCUACACUACAGUCGCCCCGGUGGUCUAGUGGGUAGCCUCGCAGCCUGCUAAGG